UUGUGGCAUGGCUCGAGCUCACAAGUGUGAUGUUUGUGGAAAACGUUUUAAAAAACGAGGAGAUUUAAUACAGCACAAUCGAAUCCACACUAAUGACCGGCCUUAUGUUUGCCAAUAUUGCCCAAAACGUUUUAAGCAAAAGAGCCAUGUUGAACAACACGAAAGAAUUCAUACGGGCUCUAAACCUUUUGCAUGUCAAUUUUGUGGCCAUCAAUUUCGUCAAAUAUCUCAACAACUUGUACAUGAGGCAACCUAUCAUGGAGAAAAUCAACGUGAAGUUGAGGCCCCAAUUACUCCUCAAAGUGCUCCUAGGUCACGUGUUCCUCAACAAACUUCUACACAAAGCACACCAAGAACUUCGGUUGUUCAUCCGAAAACUACAAGACGUGCUGUGGCUUCUGCUGUUGUCCAACCUUCAACUAGUAGUAGAAGACACGAUCCACCCAAAAAUUCAAGGCGCCAGCCUCUGACAGAAAAACGUCGUUCCCCAACCCGUUUCAUUCCAAAGCCUCAAGCACCGCAAACUGCUCCAAAGCUUAAUUCCAACAAAAAUUCCAGUCGUAUUCAGAAAUUUGAGUCAUCACCGCCUCCCAGCCGGCGUCAUGAACGACAACGUUCUGUACCUACUCCAAUUGUGCAAAAAAUAGUUGUACGGCGGUUUGAGGUAACUACUCAAUCACCACCUUCCAAACGUCAAAAUCAAUCUCAACAACGUCAACCUCAACAAAUUCCACCAACCCCAAUAAUACAACAAAAAAUUGUUGGUGGUGGUCGGCAACAACGAGAAGAAGAAGAAGUUGUUUGUCAACAAUCUUUAACUCCUCAACAAAAUAAUGGAGAAAUUUUAAAUUUUGUUCAAAAUAUUUCUGAGCAGAAAGACCUCAUUAAAGAAAUGUUGGUUUAUUUUUUAUUAAUUUUUAGAUAUUGGGGUUAA